GCUCCGGGCCGUCCACGGCGGGCCCUUCGCCCACCGCGGGGAGCUGCGGCAGGCCAAGAGGAUCGUGGUGAAGCUGGGCAGCGCGGUGGUAACCCGGGGCGACGAGUGCGGCCUGGCCCUGGGCAGACUGGCCUCCAUCGUGGAGCAGGUGGCCAUGCUGCAGAACCAGGGCCGGGAGAUGAUGAUCGUGACCAGCGGGGCGGUGGCCUUCGGCAAGCAGCGACUCCGCCACGAGAUCCUGCUCUCCCAGAGCGUCCGGCAGGCGCUGCACUCCGGACAGAACCAGCUCAAGGACAUGUCGAUGCCGCUGUUGGAGGCGCGUGCGUGCGCGGCGGCGGGCCAGAGUGGACUGAUGGCGCUCUAUGAGGCCAUGUUCACACAGUACAGCACCUGCACAGCACAGAUCCUGGUGACCAACCUGGAUUUCCACGACGACCAGAAACGACGGAACCUGAACAGCACGCUGCAGGAGCUGCUGCGGAUGAACAUCGUGCCCAUCAUCAACACCAACGACGCGGUGGUGCCCCCGCCCGAGCCCAACAGCGACCUCCAGGGGGUGAUCAGCAUCAAGGAUAAUGACAGCCUGGCCGCACGACUCGCGGUGGAGAUGAGGGCAGACCUGCUCAUCGCUCUGUCCGACGUGGAGGGUUUGUACGACAGCCCCCCCGGGACCGACGACGCAAAGCUGAUCGAUAUCUUCUACCCCGGUGAUCAGCAGUCCAUCACCUACGGAACCAAGUCCAGGGUGGGGAUCGGAGGCAUGGAGGCCAAGGUGAAGGCGGCCCUCUGGGCGCUGCAGGGCGGCACCUCGGUGGUCAUCGCCAACGGGACGCUCCCCAAGGUGACGGGGCACGUCAUCACCGACAUCGUUGAGGGGAAGAAGGUGGGCACCUUCUUCUCCGAGGUCAAACCCGCCGGCCCCACGGUGGAGCAGCAGACAGAGGGGGCUCGCAACGCUGGACGCACCCUGGCCUCCCUCCAACCGCACCAGAGGAGUGAGAUCAUCUGCAAACUGGCUGAUCUGCUCAUGGAGAGGAGAGAGGAGAUCAUGGCAGCCAACAAGAUGGACAUGGACCUGGCCGUCAGCAUAGUGACCCACGACCCGGAAGGGAUACAGCAGGCCAGGCGCUGGAAGGAGCAGCUGGAGAAGGACCCCAGCAGGUCGGUUUCCCUGAGGACGCUCACGUAG